AUAUCACAUCUACAGCGUUGGGCUUUAACGCAUCAACCGUAAGCGUCUCUGCGCACCCGACCUUUCGUUCCUUGCCUUCUUUUCCAAUCGAUGCAUAUCCAUUGCAAUUAAAGCACCGAGCUGUACAACCAGAUAGAGUCGCUCUGGCUUAGAUCGCGGCCUUGCUGGGGGCUGCUGCGAUGCUCGCCAUGCAGCGCGAGCUCUCGCGGUGGCGCGCGCAGCCAUCUCAGCGGGCAUGGCAACUGCUAUGGCGCACUGCUAGCACCGCUAGCUGUCAGCAAGGGCCCGCGGCCGGCAUGCGCGCUGCAGCCCGCUCGAGCCGUGUGGCCCAGCAGGGUUGCUUGCUCCGCUGUCCCGGCGGCCCCGCAGCUCAGCCGCAAUGCAUGGCGCAUCGGACCUGUAGGCUCUAGGCCUGGUCGUGAAGUGGGCUUCGAUGUUGGCUUGCCUGCGGGGCCAGCAGCUGUAAGCAGUCAAAACGCUCCGCGGAUGCCAGGACGCCUGCAAGCUACGCUUACAGCAACACGCGGCUUCCUCGCGCAGCCCCAGGUGCAGCGGCGGUUUGUGCAGACGGCGGGAGGUAGGGGAAGCGGCGGCGGCGGCGGCGGCAGAACGGGAGGCGGCGGCGCCAGCGGCGGAGGCAGAGGCGGCGCUCGUGACCCCGCGGAUGACAUGGACGUGUGUCAGAACCUGGAGGACCUGCAAGCACUCAUCAGCCAGCGGCUAUCAGUGUGGGAGAGGAAAAAAGAUGUGGUCACCAUGUGUGCGGCGUUCAGCAAAUGUGGAAAUCUGGAGUCACGCUCUGCUGGAGCGGCGGCAACGGCUGCAGCACGCACUGGCAUCCUUGCCGUGCUUGCGCCGGCCUACCUGCCGCUCGUGCCGCGCAUCCGCAACGCAAUGAAAUGCAGCAUUCCGCUGUGGGCGCUGGGGAAAGCCGGGGUCAGCAGCAGCGGCGGCACGGAGGCUCAGCUCGUAGCAGCUCUGCUGGAGCGGCUGUUGGAUUCAGAGGUUCUUGGAACUGCAAGGCCUCAGGCGCUUUCAAAUGCGAUGUACGGAACAAGCAAGCUGCGGGAGGCAUUUGAGUACCAAUCAGCAGUUAAGGCGCUAUGCGGAGAAACGCUGCGGAGGCUCCGAAUACCGGAGCUCGCUGCAGCAUUCACGCCGCAGGAGCUGUCCAACAUCCUGCUGGCGCUGGAGGGGCUGCAGCUGGGCGGCAAGCAGGCAGAGCUGGUGGCGGCGGUGGCUGCGGAGGACGUGCGGCGGGGGUUUGAAGGGUACGUGCCACAAGACCUCAGCAACUCGGGCAGGGUUGCACUGUACUAGCCAUUUUCUUACAAUACGCGUAUUAAUACGCAGUACACAGCUUUCUAGUACAAUACACCAUAAUUCACUUAUAAUACGCCGGCGAGCAAGGGUUAGUACGUGCUAUAGUACGUCCCAUGCAGCCUUUGCCCGGUCCCAAUGCAAAUUUCGCUCUCCUUGUUCCUCCUUAGUAUCCUUCCCUGUAUCCUACUAUACAUGACCAUACUCGAGGCCGUUACAGCUCGCUAUGCUGUUGGAAACGCAUACUUUUAUUAAAUGUCGAGAAAUGGGCGGAGUGACAACUGCGCAGCCUGUUUUGCCUACUGUUUGGCCAUCAAGCUUAUCCAUCCAGAGCUCCAUUGCGCGUAUCCAAUAGGGCAGGCUCGGUUCGCGCAUCGCAUCGGCCAUCGUGUCACUGAUACCAGGCUUUUGGUUGUGAGCAACUACACACACAGAAUCAUAUUAUGCUUAAGACGUUGCCUAUGUUGCGUCUAUGUUGCCUCUCGCCACUGCACUGUGCCACCGACGCAUUGACACGGCACGACCACCGGCCACCGGCACCCGCCGGCGACCCCCACACCCCCGCCCCCCGCCCCCCUGGCGUAUUUUGCGCCGUACUGAGACCCAGGAGAGGCGUACUAGUACUCAGUACGUACUAGUACGUACUAACACGUACUGAGUACUGUGCAACCCUUACUCGGCGUGGGCCCUCGCCAAGAUGGGUUUUGGGGUGGGCCCGGAGGCGCCGGCAGAGCAGCGGCAGUGGGUUUCAGCAGCAAUCGCACACAUAUCAGCGGCGGCGGCUGCGGCAGGCAAGCACCUUGUGAUGCUUCAAUGGUUGGGGCGGUGUACUCAUCAUGUUGCGAUAGUAUCGUACCGUUGGUACCGUGAAGCCUGCGCACUGAGAACGACGUCUCAAGCACGGGCGGAUAAAAGUGUGGAGACAGGGAUGUCAGAGACAUGUCAGCAAAGGUGGCCAGGUGAAGCAGGCGGGGACCAAUGUGCGCUAUUGCACUGUUAUCCGAAUUCAACAGGCUGGCCGUCUGCCCCGCCGUUUCUGCCCCUCUCGCGUCGGGCGGCGUGAUGUUGGAUUUGUAAAAUGACAUGCAACGUUGCACCUCAGUCGCGGUCGACGGGUGUCAGAUGAAGUGGGCAAGAACAACAUACGCCGGAGCCAGUACGCAGUGAAGGGGAUACUAGUCCGGUGGGAAGACGGGACAUGGGAAGAGCAGCCGCGAGGGCUUUGGGGUGCUCGGAGGUCGCUCGGGGGCGGCGUGCCCCGGCCCCCGCAGGCCAUGCAGGUGUGCGUGUAUUUCACGGCCGGGUCGCCAUCGCCUCAAUCCUGAAGCUGCAUUUAUACUGAGCGAUAGUGUCUUUAUG